AUGACUUAUGAAACUGCUCAAUAUCUCGUAUUGGGCAAUGCACAAAAUCAUUCUUGUCCCUCGGCCCAUUUGAUUUGGCAUCAUGGGAAAUUCAAGAUUAAGCACCACAAGACGCAGAGCCCCAGGAACCGGAAUCAUAGAGGUAAUAAAGAGGAUACCAUUGACCCUGGUGAAGAAGGGAAUCAAUUUACACUAUUCCUUGAAUCCAUCCCGCAUGACUCACGUCAAUUAAUAAGUGAUCCAUGUUUGGACGAGGGAACAUCUGCAUAUCAACGAUACAAGGGCAAUUCAAAAGAAGUAUGGAGUGGUGUCUAUGAAUAUGACGCAUACGUAGAUCAAUGGAGUUUGAUUUUGUAUGACGAAUUUGGUGGCAGUGGACGCAAGAUUUGGAUGUGGUUGAAAACUAGAGAUGUUGAGAUGUUGCCCAGGGGUAGAGUUACUAAAAAGAAGAAGAUAUAUGUGGAUGCGUGA